UUAAAAAAAAUGGCUGCGCAGGGAGUGAGUUGCUGCCUCCUUAUCUUCUGUCUCGUUUUGGGGGCGUCAUCGUGGAAAGCUGUCUGGAACAGCACGCAGUCUCCACCUGUGGUCAUUUGGCACGGCUUGGGUGACAGCUGUUGUGAGGGUCUCACCUUGCACUUCAUUAGACUGGUGAAAGAAGCAAUCCCAGGAAUUUAUGUCUUGCCUCUGGAAAUUGGAAACACUGUUGAGGAGGACGUUAAGAACGGUUACUUCAUGAAUGUAAAUGACCAAGUAGAGUUGGUGUGUAAUAUAUUAUCCAAGGACAAGAAGCUGCAGAAUGGAUACAAUGCGAUGGGCUUUUCUCAAGGAGGACAAUUUAUAAGAGCUGUAGCACAGAGGUGUCCUUCUCCUGCUAUGAUUAAUCUAAUCACAUUUGGAAGUCAGCAUCAAGGAGUGUAUGGUGUCCCCCACUGUCCUGGAGAGAGUUCUGAAUUCUGUGACUGGAUAAGGAAACUGUUGAAUCACGGUGCUUAUAGAAGCCCAAUUCAAAAGCAUUUGGUGCAGGCAGAGUACUGGCAUGAUCCCUUAAAUGAAGAACUCUACAGGAACAAAAGUAUUUUCUUGGCAGACAUCAAUCAAGAAAGGGGCAUCAAUGAACGCUAUAAAGAAAAUCUGAUGAAGCUGAAAAAGUUUGUAAUGAUAAAAUUCUUGAAGGAUUCUGUGGUUGACCCUAUUGAUUCAGAGUGGUUUGGUUUCUAUAAAGCUGGCCAGGCCAAAGAUACGUACACACUGCAAGAGAGUAUUCUUUAUAAAGAGGAUCGAUUGGGGUUGAAGGCAAUGGACAAACUGAACAAACUAGAAUUUCUAAGUGUGGAUGGGGACCAUCUUCAGUUCUCACAGGAAUGGUUCAACACCAAUAUUGUUCCUUAUCUAAACUGAUCUUGUUUUUGCACUAACGGCUUGCCUGAUUGAUACAUCCUCAAUCGGUGCAUCUAAUUUAUACUUGCAAUAUAAACUAAUUCACCUCAAAUAUAAUUGAGUUCAAACGUAACUCACGCCAGUGACCACUCAGUGGAGGCUGUACCUUUCUGGGGAUCGAUCCUGUACACAGCUUCUUUACAAGUUAUCAAGAGGUUUACUGGGAACUCUCUUUAAUAUAUAAUGCAAAGAUUGCACCUGAGACAAUUUCCUCCCCUCACCCCACCCCACUUAAAACAUUUAUGUCUGUCUGCAUUAAGUUCAUGAAAUGCUUCCUCCUCACUUCUGUGUCAGUAAAUUGGUCCACUUCAGGGAGGGCUGGCCUGUUUAAGGAUUUAACCAUUAAUGCACUUAAGAUACUUUGUUGUAAAAUAUUCUGCUUUUCUUAGCAUUUUGAAAACACUGAAUUAAUUAAUUGCAAUUCAGCAAUGACUUGAAUAUUAAUAUUUUUUAAAGCUUUUUGGGAUAAGUCGAGAGUUGUGGAGAUAUGCACUCGGUGGCCACUUUAUUAGGUACAGGAGUAGAACCCGGUGUCGUCUUCUGCUGCUGUAAUUUCACAAUUUCACAUUUCACAAUUCCAUGUGUUGUGCGUUCAGAGGCAUUUUCUGCACAUCACUGUUGUAAUGUGUGGUUAUUUGAGUUAGUCAUCUUCCUGUCAGCCCGAUCCAGUCUGCCCAUUCUCCUCUGACCUCUCUCAUUAACAAUUCAUUUUCGGCCACAGAACUGCCACUCACUGGGCGUUUUUUUUUGUUUUUCGCACCGUUCUCUGUAAA